AUGCAUAUAAUUAAGUUUCGUUAUAAUUAAAGCUAGAGCUGAGCUUCUAAAUUAAAUCUCUACUUAUAAUAAAAGGGGAAGAAUUGAGGUGCCAUUCAUAUAUAUAGUUGAUACAAAUUAAAAUAAAAUUUCUUUGAGUGGGAAUCGUACGUGGGAUGGAGAUUCAAGUGGAAAGCGAAGAUUCCGGGCCGUCCCAGGUUCUAGUGGACGAGAAUGUCCCUCUCUUGGAGCCGGCGCCGGAAGUCGAGCGGAGCCUCAUACAGAAAGCCGUCAGCCAGACGUUUCAGAGCGUGGCCCACUUAGCCAACCGUCUCCCGACCGGCGCGGUCCUGGCCUUCCAGCUCCUCGCACCCAUAUUCUCAAACAUGGGUCACUGCGACCCGGCCGGCCGAGCCAUGACCGCCGCGCUCGUCGCCGUUUGCGGCCUCUCUUGCUUUGUGCUCUCCUUCACGGACAGCUUCAGGGACCAGAGGGGGAACGUGUGCUACGGGUUCGCCACGCGGAAGGGGCUGUGGGUGAUCGACGGGUCAGCGGCGAAGGUCCCGGCGGAGCUGGCGGAGAAGUACAGGGUGCAGUUCAUUGACUUCAUGCACGCCGUCAUGUCGGUUCUUGUUUUUGCGGCGGUGGCGCUGUUCGAUCAAAAUGUGGUGAGCUGCUUCUACCCGACGCCGUCGGAGGAAACGAAGGAGGUGCUGACGGCUAUGCCGGUGGGGAUUGGGGUGUUUUGCAGUAUGCUUUUUGUUAUUUUCCCUACCAAACGCCAUGGGAUUGGUUUUCCCCUCACGGCUGAUGCUUAAUUACUCAUACUCCGGAGUAUUUUUUAAUACAAAAUUUUAAAAUAUGAAAUUAUAUGAGUAUAUGUUAUUAACUUUUGAAAUAAAAUUUAAAAAUUAUGUUGACUACCCGCAUCGAAAAUUUGGGUAGAAAUAUAGUGAUAUACAGUGCAAAACAGUGGCAAACAGUGUCACAACAGUGUACUCUACACUAAAGUCAAAUUUAUUUCCUUAAUUUAUGUGAAGUC